GCCGCACGGCGCCGUUUCAGACUUUAGGGUUUCUGCAACUCCCUUCUCGCCCGCCCCAAAUCUCCGUCCCACCUCCAUAAGGGAUUGUAAAGAUUGAGAGGUGAUUGGCUCUCUCGGUGAUGGAAGAUUUCUCGGAGCAGAGUCGAUUCGAUGACAACCAAAUCGGGUAUGAUGGGGAGGAACAAUUUCAAGAACAAUAUGAACAGCCGCAGGAGCAGCAAUUUGAUUCCGGCCGUGAGUUUGAGGGCAACCAUAACAACAGCAACAACAACGUAGAUAGUGAAGGCAAUGAGUUUAGGGAUUCUUCCUUCAGUAGUCGUGCCGAUGCCGCCGCAGGGAAACUAUUCGUAGGAGGCGUUUCGUGGGAGACCACUGAAGAUACCUUUACCAAUUACUUCAGCAAAUAUGGAGAAAUAGCAGAUUCUGUUAUAAUGUUAGACAAACAUACUGGGAGGCCAAGGGGGUUUGGAUUCAUAACGUUUGCUGAUUCAGUGGCUGCUGAUGCAGUUUUGGAGGAAGAACAUGUCAUAGAUGGCAGAGUGGUGGAGGUGAAGAGAACUGUUCCCAGGGAGGAUAUCGGAUUUAAGGGGGGAUCAAAAAGAAAGAAAAUUUUUGUUGGUGGGAUACCAACAUCAUUGUCUGAUGAGGAAUUGGGUGACUAUUUCUCUACAUUUGGUAGCAUUGUUGAGCACCAGAUUAUGGUAGAUCAUAAAACUGGGAGGUCUAGAGGUUUUGGGUUUGUCACUUUUGAGAAUGAAGACUCUCUUGACAAGGUAUUCUCAGAAGGAAAAAUACAUGAACUUGGAGGCAAACAGGUGGAAAUAAAAAGGGCUGAACCUAAAAGGCCUGGUGACUUUAGCGGUAGUGCUGCAAGGUCAUAUGGUGUCUUAGGCGGCGCUGCAGCUGGAUAUGGUGGAUAUAAUUCUGGAGGUCGUUUCAACGGAAAAAUGGGCAGGGGCUAUGGUGGACCUGGUGGAUAUGGUGCUGCCUAUGGGAAUUACAACAAUUAUGCUGGAAACUAUGCUGCGAACUAUGCAGGUUUUUAUGGUGGUUAUGGUGGAUAUGGAUAUGGUUUUGGGUUUGGUGGACCCAUGUAUGGCAAUGCCGGAUAUGGAGCGAGCGGUUAUGGCAUGCCUGGUGGUUAUGGCGCUCCUACUGGUUAUGGUGGUGGUAAAGGGUAUGGAAGUGGCUCUGCUGAUCGGGGUGGUAGGGGUCGGGGUCGUGGUGGUAGCAGUUACAAUGCUGGUAGAGGAUAUGGUAGGAGUGGUGAUUCUACAACCGGAAGAUAUCAUCCUUAUCAAAAUUGAGGAAAGAUUUUUGUUGAUUGCAUUCUUAAUCGAUGCCUGCUGGCAGUUGGAGCAUAGUAAACUUUCCUCGGGCACUGCAUGAGAGCAUCAACAAAGUUUGCUGUAAUGUGAAAUAGAAUUCUUGAUCGUAUUUAAGUAAGAUAUGCAGUACUUUGCCUACCUCAACGGCUACUUCGGAAGAGAAGCAAAUGUCAACUUAGCAAAUCAUCCAUCCGUCUCCAACGGGAGAAAUUGAAGUGCAGAUCAACUUUUUGCUAGCCGCUUACAAUUGCUACUUCCUUGUUAUGACUCACCUUUAAAUCCAGGGAUUUGAAAGAGAUGUGUUUGAUUGAAAUGCCUUAGCAGUUGCUUGUAGUUAUAAACAUCCUUUCUUCAAUAGAAACAUAUAGGGUUGGUCUGUUUUAUCUGUUGCCUCUUUUUCUCUUGGAGCCAAACAGAAAGUUAGAAAACAAAGUGUAGAUUAUCACUCUGUAGGCUCAAGAUUUUGGCUACCAAUGAACGAGUGGCAUUUGUCCUACAUUUUGCUUUCUGACCUGUAGGAAAUGGCAAUGAAAUUUUCAAUUGACAACUGAACGAGGAAUCUUAAAAUC